AUGGCGAUGAUCCUCUCUUUUCUCUCUUCUUCGUUCGUCGGCGAUUCGGGGGUCCGUGGUUGCAAACGAAGGACUCAGAAAAGAGCAUUCACUUUGUCCGGUUUGGAUGAUGUCGAAAACUACGGUCUUGUCACUGAAGCUGACAAUUCGUUACCUAUAGACAUACACAAUCAAGUUUUUCAGCUUGUACGGAAACCAAGCAUUCAAAGAGUCUCGAUUUGA